AUGUCCGACUCUACCUCAAAAUUUGAAGGGUGGAUAGGCCUUGACCAGGAUUCAGCCAAAGGUCAAAUGGUGUGGCGGGAGUUCCAGCCCAAGGCAUGGGAGGAAACGGACGUAGACAUUCGCAUUACUCAUUGCGGUGUCUGCGCUUCUGACCUCUGUGUUUUACGAAGUGGAUGGCGUCCAACCCCGUACCCUUGUUGUGUGGGCCACGAAAUUGUGGGCAUCAUUGUUCGAGUUGGUUCGCAGGUGAAGGGGUUAGAGAUCGGCGACCGCGUGGGUGUUGGUCCGCAAAGUGAUUCAUGCCGCGGCCGCGUGGACGGACACUGCGUAGAGUGCAGUACUGGGAAUGAGAAAUAUUGUACCAAGCUGUGGACGGGCACAUACGCCGGUCGCUAUCUCGAUGGCAGCAAGUCGUACGGGGGCUACGCUUCUUUCAACCGGGUACCAUCCCACUUUGCAAUCAAGAUUCCCGACGUUAUCCCUUCUGCCGCUGCUGCUCCUAUGUUGUGUGCUGGAGCGACUGUUUAUGCGCCCCUGAAGCAGUAUGGAUGUGGGCCUGGGAAGAAAAUCGGUAUCAUCGGCGUUGGAGGCUUAGGACAUUUCGGCAUCCUGUUUGCAAAGGCUCUGGGUGCUGACUGGAUCACGGCCUUUUCACGAAAGGCUUCGAAACGUGAUGACGCACUGAAGUUAGGUGCCAAUGUUUACGUCGCAACGUGCGAGGAGCCAGAAUGGGUGGCCCGGCACGCAAAUACCUUAGAUCUCAUCAUUUCAACUGUCUCAUCCAACACGCUCCCAAUUUCUGACCACCUGAAGGUUUUGAAGUCAAAUGGUGCUUUUGUACAAGUGGGCAACCCUGAGGACGGUCCUUUUACUUUCCCCGCUGGGGCUUUGAUUGGAAUGGGGUUGAGGUUCUGUGGUUCAAAGAUCGGUAGUCCCAGCGAAGUCCGGGAGAUGCUCGCUCUUGCAGCAGCCAAAAAUGUCCAACCAUGGAUUGAGGAACGACCGAUGAAGGCGGCAAACCAAGUUAUACUUGGCAUGGACCAGGGAGAGGCUCGAUAUCGCUAUGUUCUGGUGAACUGA